CGCCCUCUUUCGUUUGGGUGUUCAGGUAGGGAAGGAAGUGUGAUUGUAUCCGACAAAAAUCGUUGCCAUCCUCCAUUAUACCGGUCCGAAAAUGCACAUUUCUACAGAAGAUAUAAACAACGAUAAUUAGCUAUUCCAUUGUUAACAUCUGUCAAAAUGACGCGCUAUUCACAGGACCCUGAGAACCCAACAAAAUCAUGUAAAGCGAGGGGUUCCAAUCUACGUGUCCAUUUCAAGAACACACGAGAAACCGCUCAAGCCAUCAAACGUAUGCACUUGAAGAAAGCUGUUAGAUACCUUAAAGAUGUGGUUAAUAAGAAACAGAUUGUUCCUUUUAGAAGAUACAACGGCGGAGUAGGACGUAAAGCACAGGUGAAAGCAUUUAACUGGACACAGGGUCGUUGGCCUAAGAAGAGUGCAGAAUUUUUACUACAGCUGUUGAAAAAUGCUGAGAGCAAUGCAGAAUUCAAGGGCCUUGACGUUGAUUCCCUCGUUAUUGACCAUGUUCAAGUUAACCGUGCCGCUAAAAUGAGGCGUAGGACAUACAGAGCUCAUGGUCGCAUCAAUCCUUACAUGAGUUCACCAUGCCACAUUGAAGUUAUCCUCACAGAAAGGGAACAGUAUGUCGCAAAACCAGAUGAAGAGGAGAAAACCAAGAAAAAGGUUUCCAAAAAGAAGAUGGCUAGACAGAAAAUGAUGCAGAGAGACUAAAUAUCUUUAUUGUAUAAGAGCGGAUACCUGUAAUCGUUUGUCCCAAUAAACUAACUGUUGGAACUACU